AUGCAUCGUACGUUCUUGUGUAUUUAUUUCAUGGCAUGGUAUUUAAAGUUAUAUAUAGCAGCUUCACCUUCACCGGACAGGUACUGAUUGAAUUCAAUUUUUAGCGUAUAUGUUUUUUUCGAAGCUAAGAGAUCUCAGCCCAUCGUUUAGACUUAUAGAAAAGUAAUUGAAAAGUACAUAAAAUGGCAUGGAGUAAAAGGUGUCAAUUUCAAGGUAGGUUUAGAUUACGGUUAUUCCCGUGAAUUUGUAUUUAUUUAUUUGCCACAUUACAAAAAAAGUUAAUAAGGAAACAUGAUGAGCUUAGAUAAAUACAACGCGUUCAUCGAGAAAACUUUAACUUAUAAGGUUUUCUCUCAAAGAAUUAAACUCCGAACUUAGUGAUACAUAACAUCGAACAAGGAGCUGAGAUUUUGAAAAAGAUGGGUUGCCUAUGAUUGCCUUUUCCACCCCUGAAAAUGUAUUCAAACAUGUGGUUGCAUUGAGAUAAGAAAAUGAAAGGAAUUUCAAAUUAAUAUUUAAUGUAGAGUUUAAACAUGUUAGGAGAAGAGCGGAUGUAAACACUGCGCUAAACCUGUUGGAGACGUCGCGAACUCCUUGUGUUUUUCACAUUGAGCCAAAAUUUUCAGUGCAAAAGUUUCAAAUAAAGUUGAGAUAACUGUUUCGAUGCGUAGAGAAGUUCAACAACUGUGUUGAGAAUGUUCCGAUUCAUGGCUUAAGUGCUAAGUUCAUGAUGACGCACCUCCAUUUCAGUUAAGAAACGAAAGCUCGAAAGAAAGUCGACUUACCAGCGAUUUUGUAAAACAAAAAAUAUGUCCUACUCCCCACAAAAAGCAACGUUCAAUCAGCUUAACCCGGCACAGAUUUUGGCUGAAGGACAAGCCUCCCAGUGAGCUUUUCGCUUAGCUUCUGUAAAAGCACCAAUUUCGCGUGCGUGUGUGUGUCUCGUUGUGUGAUAUGUGUCAUGAGUGCAGUUGCAUGGGGAGAAUUGUUUUAAUCUACUUAUAAAAUAUAAUUAAUACUCUCCUCCAACAAUGAAAUUUCCUUGAGACCUUUCGAUAAUUAUGAGUCAUCUAAAAUACAUGCCGUGAAACAAAAGCAUCGUUUGCAUAAAAAUACAUCUUGAAACAAUUUUCGUUAUCCUUAUUUAUAUUUUUAUACCUAGGGAAAAUAAAAGUAUGCAUAUGUUUCAUUUAUUCCAGAUCACUUUAAAAUUCUUUUUUUUUUUUCGGUUUCGUUUUUCAUUGAAGCUACAAGAGCACUACAGAGACUAUGAAGAAAUUAUUUCACGAGGAUCACUAUGAUAAACGGCUGAGGCCUUUUCACAAAGGUAAUGGAUCUCUAUCUUUAGAGAAUUUCCAAUCGUUUCUUCUUAUUUUAUGACGCUCAGUAUCACUGAAUAUACUCUCUAAAUUAGUUCUAGAUGAACAUUUUGCUUAAUUUUAGCAAUGAAACACACUUCAUAUCUGCCUUCCCUUCCUCUAUGUGCAUGUAUGGGUUUUUAAAAUCCUAUCACUACACCACGUCAGUUACCGAGACACGUCAAAGACAUAGAAGAACUUAAAAACAAAUAGGGCGCGGUUUUUGAGAUUAAGUACACCAACGGUCAAGCCUCCUACAUCGGAAAGACUAAAAACUUCACAGCAAGACUGACUGAACACGACUGAGCGACGAGAAAAGGGAUUUCAACAAUCAAAUGCCGAACAUCAUCGACUUACGAACUACGCUAUUGACUGGGACCAUGCGUAAUGCCUAACCUACAGCACUAUUUGUUUUCAGCGACUGAGUCUGGAAAGCUGGUUUUCAGAUUCCCCUGAACAGAACAACCUAACAAUACCGACGGAUCGAAACUAGCCAAUCCCGACUGACCCACGUGAGUCUCGUGGCCGAUCAAAAAUCACGAGUAAACUCACAAAUCAGUUAACACGAACGGCGUAAUCGGACUCAGUACACUCGAGUCACAACAACCCGGCUUCGGGUCGUCGUUACUUCAGUCACUAUUACCGAUAACAGGCCUUCUCACGACUUACCCUGAAAAUCAGACUAUACGAUCAAAUGUUCUUUCUUUUCAUUAAAAAAAAUGUUCAGUUUUUGAAGUAUCAUAUUCUUCGCAGGAUAAGCGAAUAUUUUUUUCCUCAACAUAGGACCACCACUGAAUAUUACGAUAGACAUGUCCGUGGUACAUUUCGGAAAAGUGAGGGAAAUUGAUAUGGUAAGUAACGGAUCAGGAGCUAAAAUAAAUUUUCAAAAUCACCCGCCUCAGGCGCAAAGUUUUUACCCGACCAUUUUCAUUGACUGUAGCAAGAAAUAGACCACCGUCCCAUCCUGAGGGAGAUUUUGUACUUUACUUAUCGUAUGUUAGAACAUGCCGUUUUUCUUGGAAUCUGAAAUUUUAAAAGUUCGCAGCAUAUUUGGUGCAAUAGUCGCCUUUUUUGAGCGAAAAAUAAAGUUUACCUAUGUUGAAUGAAAAAAAAAACAAACAAACAAAAACAAAACAAAACAAAACAAAAAAAACGGUUGAUCGUUUUGAAGUCAGAGAAACCCUUUAUGUUUGUACUGCAGGAUUUCUCCGUUGACGUGUUCUUUCGUCAGUACUGGCGAGACCCGCGCUUGAACCACACCCUUGAAGAGCCAAUUUUCUUGACAGGAUCUUACAGAAAUCUUAUCUGGCUGCCGGAUACCUUUUUUCUCAAUAUCAAGACAGCCAAUUUUCACAACGUACCAGCUGAUAACAGCAGAGUAAAAAUUAGGACUGACGGUCAGGUCACUUGGAGUUCAAGGUAACGAACACCAGUUACUCAAAGACAAAUCGAAAAAUAAUUUUCUAUAUGUGCGUAUACAUUAUGACCCUUAGACGCCAAACCUAAAACUCGAGACACUAUAAUGCGCAACUCAAAUAGAGAGGGAAGCUUUCCUAGACUAUUAUGUUGAGAAAUUGCAGAGUGAAAACUUGCCAAUUAUGAAAAUAAACUACAAAGUCAAGAAUAUUAUCCCGCUCUUACAACUAAAUGUAGAAGAUAUACCCAAAGUAGGUAAAUGACUUUAACUAGAUAUGUCAUCUUAACAAAACAAUGACACUCAAAAAUAAAAAAAAGAGAAAACUUAUAUAGUUACUGAAUUUAUAAAUUUCUUGCAGGAUAACCAUGACAGCAAACUGCCAGUUGGAUCUGAGGGACUACCCACUGGACAAACAGUCUUGCAACCUGACACUUUUAAGCUGUUGAGUAAACUUUUUUUUCAUUAAACAAGUUCUUCCAGGAGAUUUAAAUGGAUAUUUUGUUGACAUAUUAGGCCAAAUUUUCUAAUCAGUGAAAAGAUCCAGGCUACAGUCACUCAAAUUCAUGACGAAUAGAUUUAAAUCUGAUAUCGACAUCUUAUCGCCAAUUCGCACCUUUUUAUUAUAUGUUUGUGAUAAUACUUAAGGAGACAGUUCGCAGUCUAACAGCCGUAUGUGCCCUUUAGAUGCUUAUCCGAUUGAACAAGUCGACUAUUUUUGGAAAGACAAAGAUAAGAAAGGUAUCGUCAUUCUUGAAGAUGAAAUGAACGAGUUUACUUUGAGAGACAUCAAGACCAGAAGGGCGAUAGUACUUUAUGGGACUCGCGGUUCAAGUAAGUAUUCGCACUCAGUUUGUUCGUCAAGUUAUGCAAAGAAGUUGAUGAGGAAAAACAUGUUAACAAUGAAGAGAAUACAAUUCACAUGGCAAUAGUCUUUUUUAUUUUUUUCGCAAGCGUAGCUGUGGGCAUUAACCUGACGGAGCAUUUUUUAGGUCGCUCGAUCGUUUGGUCAAUAGUCAGGAACUAGUGGUCGCCUUGCUGCUUAUAAAAAUUAAUUUCUUGUAAAAUGCAGUUGUAUGAGUACACAGAAAUGAUUAAACUACAUUUUUUCUUUUUGUUUCGACAAGAUUCAGACUAUACGCACCUGUGGGCAGAAUUCACCUUUAAGCGCCGUCUUGGAUAUGCCUUCAUCCAGAUAUAUGCACCGACAGUUCUGAUAGUUCUCCUCUCCUGGCUAAGUUUUUGGAUCGCACAGGACGCAGUUCCAGCUCGUGUAGCCUUGGGAGUUACAACAGUCCUAACCAUCGUAACACUUAUGGGCUCUUUCCGGUCUUCAGUACCUAAGGUGAGGGCAACAGGGUUAAGAAAAUGGCAGAAAUCCUGUCCUCGUGUGUUUAACUCUGCGAGUUGGACAAGGCCUUAUUUCGAAGCUAAUUAGCAUAUUACAUUUCCAAAAUACAUUGCUUACAAACGAGCAUUUCUUUUAAUUGCAUCAUUAUUAUUAUUAUUAUUAUUACUAUUAUUAUUAUUAUUAUUAUUUUUAAUAUUUCUAUCAUGAUUAUGUAUUUUUUAAUGUGCAUGCAUCAAGUUGCUGGGAUACUGCAGAAUUAUGUGACAAUCAUUCAUCUAUAUUUAUUGGUAUGCUUUGAAGAACUAAAAGUGUGGCUAUUUUCAAAUAACACGUAGUGCAUACUAAAAACGUUUUUUAGCACAAUGAUCUUCACUGCAAAAGAAGAGCGGCAUAUAUUAAAAAACAUGCACCAUAUAUGGCGCAUACUCCCCUCGAUCUAGCAUUUGAUGCGCCAAAGUUUCUUCUACCAAAAAGCAUAUGAUCUUAAUAUUCUCAAAAUUUUGAUUUUCAGCGUUGUUAAUGCCUGCAAAGCAUUUAUAUACUGAUUGUUCCAUAUUUUCACACUUCCAUUUCAUUUACUAGAAUAUUUUUACACUGUUUGUCUCUUUAGCUUUGCUCAAUCAAAAAAAGAAAAAAAAAUCAUAAAGAAGUUGAAGUUGUGGUACAUACCGCUAAGUAAAAGCAUAUACGGGAACUUUAGAGGGAAAUACUACAUUUUAACAACUUCAGGUGUUGCAGAUAGCAAGAGUUAUUGAAAUGCAAAACUAAUUUAAACCAAACUACGUCGUCAUCGACGCUUGAAAGAUCUUUCAAGCGUCUUUUCAAACAGGAGAGUGCCCUUGUAACUUUGAAUGAAAUUUUCCAUACAUCAUUCCGUAGGAUCUGUUGUAAAACUCACAUGUUCAUGCUCAGCGCGUGCAUAGUCCAAUCCGCUCACCGCUGCGUCAUGCAAUAAUAGAGUGAUUUAGCAAGAGGACGGGAACGUCAUUUCAGAGCGGGAAAGCGCGCGGAUAGUCAGGACACGACUCUAUUUCGACUUCCGGUGUUAGCGUUGCCGUUCUCCCCAACAAGUUCAGGACGUCAUCACGCUGGUUUUCCCGUCGCGAUCAAAACGCCUGGGAUUUGCGUAAAUUUUGCGCUUAUAAACGAGAUAAUGCUGUUUGGAAUUAUUUCAGAACUCAUUUCCAGGAUAACCUGAUCCCUUCCUUUGGUUUAUUCGGUGUAUUUUUGGAAAAUUUACCGCUUCAUUUGUGCUGAAUUCCCGAAAGGAAACACAAUAGUUGGCAAGCGCCAGAUUCAAGAUUUUAGGACUCAGUAUACUUGUAAUUGAGCAAGGCUUAAAACAGCGAAAGGGCUCUUCUUUGAUACAUUUCUUUAAUCCUGUGUGGAAACUCUAAGAAUGGGACGCUGUUAAUUUUAUCAUGAAUCAAUUCAUCAAUAAAUUAAACUUGCUUCACGUUGAAGUUUAUCAAAAUGAAAUAUCACGACGCUUACCUACUGUAUUAUUCAGUGUUAUUUGUUGUUAUUGUCGUUUUUACCGUGAUUGAAGAAAAUUGAGAAUAACUCAGGUAUGCACUUUUCAAUGUUUGAAAUUUUUGAUCGGUGAAAACUAAGCAGGAAAGUCAUGCUCUCGCUUCGAAAUAAAAUGACAAUCAACUUGAUUUCGGCACGGCAUUCUAAAUCUAUUAAUUUGAUUCAGUCUUGAACGACUUCAUUCGUUUAAAAAAAUAAUUAAAUUAAACAAAAACGAAAAAAAUAAUAAAACAGGAACGAAGUCUUACUCCUUAGUCUAACCGUUUAGUUGGUGACUAGUUUGAGUUAAUUUCAUUCUUUCACGAAUAAACAGGAACUCAUCGUAGACAACUUCAUCGUUGGGUCGCCUGAUUUCUACAUGGUUUCGCCAUAACUUCUGAUAAUUCCGUUCAAAAUGUAUUUCAACUCUAAGAAGGUGGUGCUCAAAAGGGAUGUACUGUCAUAAUUGAGAAGAAUAUUCAGUAAACAAGGGAGAAAACGACGACGAUUUCCAAAUUAUCCUUUACAAAAUUAUGAAGAAAAACGAGUACUGCUGAAAUCUAGUAGCACGAAACGAAAUAACAGCGACACAAAUCAUAGAAAAAAAGACUAUUUAGUGGGCUUCAAAAUUUGAUAGAUGAAUCAGCAGACUUGAGACUAAACUGAAAUGGACUAGUUUCAAAGUUUAAUCGCCCAUGUGGAUUCAUAGUUAUCAACUUACUUGCCGUAUCUAUAACUAUCCUCUGUUUGCGCUUGUUACAUAACUCUCAAAGAAGAUCAUUUCGUUGUCUUUAGAAUGGUCUAUAAAACCGAAAAUUCAAAGGUGAUGGUGAUCUUUAUAAAGCCGAGGUGAUGAUUCUCGUUGUAAUGACUGCUAAAUCACUUUUCAACACAACGCGACGGCAUUCUCGACCCAGUUUUUUAUCGACAUUUCUGCUGCGCGCGCCGUUCUGAAAUGACGUUCCCGUCCCCUUGCUAAACCACUCUAAUGUCGCGCGAGCUACAUAAACAUAUUCGUCUCUUCGAGUCAGACAACAACAGGAAAAGAGUAAGAGCACAGAGCUAAGCUUUCUUUCCUCGUUUCCUCUUCUAGGUGUCAUAUAUCAAGGCCAUCGAUGUUUACUUCAUAAUAUCUUUCUUUUUCGUGUUUGGCGCGGUUGGAGAAUACGUCAUCGUGCGUCUUCAUACCGAAAGAAAGCUGAAAGGGCCCCAAAAAGAGAACAGUAUAGAUAUGGAAAUGAUACCUCUGAAACAGGUAACAUGAAAAUGUCGUUUCAAAAAUGAUCAAAUUGUUAUUGCCACCAUCAGGCUAUCCGCACAUAAUUAUUCGUGUACAAUAACCUUUCCUCUUGUGACAGUGGCUCAGUGGGUAGGGAAAAAGCCAGAUUAAAAAAAAAAGGGGGGAGGGGGAGCUGGUAGAGUAAUAGGGUUUGGAUAGUAAUUUUUUUUUCUCCCAGAACUUUGGCGUAAAUUUGAGACUUUCAACCCCACGUAGAGCUGUAAAAAUUUUCGCAGUUUCUGAGCUGGUUGGGAAGAAACAGGAAGCAGCCGCCAAAGAAUUGUAUUACAAAUCACUUUGAUCAUCUUCGUAUUUGCAAAAACUGUUUUUCAGGACAAUGGCGAAACAUCACCAAGACGCUGUGAGGAAGACGACAAGUCUGAUAAUGAGAAAGACUUUGAGCGUUCGCAAAGCGGCAGCAUUGGGGCCCUCGGGAAAACUAGGGAACUCGUGAAGUUUGCUUUUCUGGAGAGUGAUGCAAGCAUCGUCGAUCGCGUCUCUCGUAUAUUAUUCCCUGUUGCAUAUCUUGUUUUCAAUAUUUUUUAUUGGUGCUUUUACUCCGUUAUUAGUUUCGAAGGCGAAAAGGAGUAG